AUGCUUAGAUGUUAUGUUGAAAAUGGCAGAAGACACUAACCACUUCGAAACAUCACAUUAUCAAGACUUCAAUACUUAAAAAUUAAAACAAUGAUUGUAAAUAUACUAGAGUUAUAAGUAAAACACUGAUAUUUUUGGAAAUAUAACACCCUGUAUCUCGAAAACGAAGCUUGUUAGAAUAUAUGUUUUUCAUGAAAAGAGUUGUUCUAUUUGUUGUUAAAGUUAUUGCACUAAAAUUUGGACUACCAUGUAUACGUAUAAAUAGUUUGGUUUUAUGGUUACGAUGUAAACAUCUAUCGAUCUAAUUUGACACUGAUGUUUUGAAUGCUUAUAUUUGCGUUUUUAUUAUCAUUCCUUCUGUUUGAUCGAUAUCCCCGUCAAAAUGGCUGAGUAUCCACCAAGAUCUUGUGGGGAGUGUCCUCACAUGGCUCAUUUCGAAAGGGCCGCAGAUCCGAAACAUUACAUCCCGGAACACACUGUACCUAAACCGCAUAUGGAAUAUCAACAGGAUUAUGUGAACACCAACCCUCAACUGGGCACUCCGAAUACCUUUACUCCACCUUCAUUGACUAGUACUCCUGUGAAACCUCAAGAAUGCCAACCUGGCUGUCAACAUCCGGACCAUAAUAGUUCUUCAGAGGAAAAAGGCUAUACUGGAGGAAUUCCACCCUGUAGUGAUCCUUGUUUGUCUCCGGACAAACCUCCACCUGCUGAACCAUGUCCCGAUACCCCAUACAGUAUAGAAAACACGAUUCCCAAAACACCCUGUGAAAAAGCAACGAAGAAAGGUAUACUAAAGAAAAAAGCCGACAUCAUCGAUUGCGAAUGCCCACAAACUAUGGCGACCAUUCCAAAGCCAAGACAGGAAGACCCAGGACAGGGAAAGCCAUGGGCGGCAAAUCCAAACGAUAUACCUCCAUGCUAUCUGCCACAACCCGAGGAUAAAAUACCCAUCAACAAAGAUGAGGGUAUGGCACCUAUUGGACCCUGGGCCACUGGAAGAGUCGAUUGGGGUCCUCUGAAAGGACUCACCGGCACAAGACCUGUAGUAGAUCGUUACUCCAUCGCCAGAUACAGCGAAGGGGAAUGGAGACAGCACAACAAGGAUAUUCUGGAGGGAAAAGGAGAGAGAGCGGUGCACCGCAAUAAUUUGAUCGAAUGGAACAGCAGACAGUGUAUGGCGCAAACCCAGGCAGAUGCAGAUAAAAACCAGGAGGAUAGCACCAGAAGACUGCAGCAGAGGGAGAAGGAGGUGCACCGUUGGAAAUGUGAAUUGGAAAGAGCCAUAGCUGCGGCUUCCGAAGAAAUAACCUUUAUGGAAGAGCAACGGAGGAGGCUCAAACAAGCGGCGGCAGUCCUUCAGUUGCCGGAGUCUAUAUCGGGCGAAUGUUUGGAGAGAAGAACCGGAAGGUUGGAUAGCGAACUGGUAAGGGACGAGGUGGAGGUGGAACUAAUGAAGGAACGUGCUCUCUGCGACGAGAUCCGCCAACAGUUCAUCCAGACGCUCAAAGAUGUAGAAUUACAGCUCGUGGAAGACAAAACGGCCAAACAGCGUCUGGAGUCCGACUGGAGUGACAAGAAACAGUCUUUAGAGCUGGAUUCUACCGGUAGGAGUCUUACUCUACGCUCAUCCAUAUUGAUGUUCAAACCUGGCUCUGUGAUUUUUCCUGGAGAUCAGUCUUCUCCUGAAUAUUGGGAGCACUUCACCAAAGAAACCCUACAAAUGUCCGAGGCUACCAGACAGAGAUCUGCCACUCUCAGAGGAACCCUUGACGCUAUACUCACCAAUGCCUCACGUGACCUUAGAACUCAGGCAGAUAAGGUCGAACUGAUUUUGUCCAAGAGGAUACAGUGUCUCAUCGAGGUUACAGACAGAUUGGAAUCAGAAUUGAAGAAGACCUUGCAGAAACUUGCAGACGUUGAGAAUUUGAUAGAUGAUCUACAGGUGGCGAUAAGAAGAAUGGAUCUAUGUCUCAAGAAGGCACAGACUCGUUUAGAUUUCAGGCUUCAGCGGCAGAGAGUUGAGAACUGUAGAGAUGAAUGUCAUUUCGGACUCAUAGAAGAAGUGAAGAUGAUCGGUGAACAAACGGCUGCUCUGUCUGCUCAGUUGAAACAGGCGGAAGACAGCCAGGCAGAAUUAAUAACUGGGAGAAAUGAAUUAGAGAAUGAGAUCAUGAGGAAGAGGAAAACUUUGGAAAUAGACCGAUUCAGAAUUCAACAGUUCAGAAGUUACUAUCCUUCGGCAACAGCUCUCUCUGGACACGCCUAAUUCAUUCUUCUAUCUAUACAUCUGAUUGCACAGAAAAAAUUUUGUAGCGAUAUCAGUCAAAGUAUACAUGGGUUUAUGCUG